AUGAUGGAUCUGCUGGCUAAGCUGGCACUUAAAAGUGCCAACAAAUCGCUACCCCACUUGCCCCGCCUGCGGCUGAGCCGGAUGCUUCGUCAACGACUCAGUCUUGCCCUGUUCAAGGCGCUUCCAUCGGUGCCGCUGCCGGAACUGCUGGUGUCGCUGGUCGACUCGAUCAUGGACCAGACGCUGAUACCAUCAGUUGAAUUUGACUCAGGUGUCAUUGACUUUGAAACCGACGCCAAACCCACACCGACUUUUAAGGACGCCUCCCUCCCCAAACACCGUGACACCGUUGCCGGCAACAGUUCCCGUCGCACUACCAACCACUGUAACAUCACUGAGUUCAUCGACUUGGUCUACGACAAUGCCCCGCCCAAAUCGCUAGCGUUGAACGGCGCUCUGAGUCGACAGCAGCUCGAGGAAGAACGCCUCGAGGACCUCCAGAUCGCCCACAAACUCAGCGUGGCUAACGGCAACCACUACACCACGAAGUUGCGGCGGGUCCGCGGCGUCCAGGUGUUGGAAUUGGCCCCUAUUGGUGCCACUAACAACAACUGGUUGGAUAUUGACUACAAUGCGGCGUGGCUGGAGCCCUACUACCAGCCCAUCUCCCUCGACUAG